AUGGUAGGACCGGUAAUUGAUAAUGGAUUCCGUAGUAGAAAGAAGUCAUCAAGAGGACACCACAGGUUUGUAGGAGUUCGUCAAAGGCCAUCGGGAAGAUGGGUGGCCGAGAUCAAAGACUCUUUACAGAAAGUUAGGCUUUGGCUCGGAACAUUCGACACAGCUGAAGAAGCCGCUCGUGCUUAUGAUACAGCUGCUAGAGCUUUGAGAGGUGCUAAUGCUAGAACCAACUUUGAGUUGCCAGAAUCUGCAACAAAUGGAGGUGAUGCUAAGCGCGGCUCGGGUUCGGGUUCGGGUUCUAAGUUCGUGCUAGAGAAUACUGAGCCUUUUUCUUUUGAAGAUGUUAGUGAAUCAGGUUCAGGUUCUGAAGGUCUUCUUGGUGCACUCAAGGCAAAACUUUGUGAUGGAAAAGAAGGGAAAUUUUCAUUUUCAUUUCCUUCUGCUAGUAUAGUUUCGAAAUCAACACAAAACAGUUCCUGGAAGAAAGAAUCAUCAUUAUCAACAUCAUCAGCUACUUAUUGUCUCUCUCAGAUGAAUGAAACUCAUGCUAACCCUAUACCUAACUCGUUGAGUACUUCAUCGAACACUUUCGGCAAGAGUUUGAUUAUCCCAAAUCAUGAUCAUGAAAUAUCUCAAACUCAAACACCAUCUAUGACAAACAUGUUAUGGUCCAACGAAAUCGAAAACGAAUAUCCUUGGCCUAUUCAGAUGAACAAUGUUCUUCAUGACAGUAGUACAACUAAUCUUCUUGCAUCUGCAAGCGCAUCGAAUUUUCCAUGGCCACUGAUAGAUUCCAAUAUUGACAUGACAUGUAUAGAUCAAGGGAUAUUAAAUAGUAAAGGAAAUUAUCAAACCAAUAUGAUGAACAUGCAGUUACCUCAAGUUGGUGGAUCAAAUACUGAAGGGUUUUGGACAAUGGAUCAGCAGGAACAACAGUUUGUGCAAUGUGAGGAGAAUAAUAGUUGGUUUGGUUCUGGUGGAUCUUGGAAUCCUUUUAUCUAUGUGCCUUCUGAGCUAGCUUGA